AUGAGCAUGCUUUCCUCUGAAGCUGUGUGUCUCUGUCUGUCUGGCACCGCAGUGCUGGGUUGCUUAGUGCUUUGCAAAUGCAAGUGUUCAAGGCCUUUGCAGAGCUGGAUGCUGUGCCUGGCCGGCGUCUGGGGAGGGGCUUGCCUGCUCAGCCUCCCCUUCUUCUGGAGUUUGAUCCUCUUCUCCUUGUCCUGCUUUCUUCUGCACACCUGCACAGCUGACGAAGAGCUGCUACCCGCGGAUGGAAAGGCCGUGCUGGUGACAGGCUCUGACACGGGGUUUGGCCAUGGUUUGGCCAAGCAUCUGGACAAGCUGGGCUUCACAGUAUUCGCUGGAGUUCUGGAUAAGAAGAGUGCCGGAGCCAAAGAAUUGCAAAAAUCCUGCUCUUCGCGUCUCUCUGUGCUGCAGAUGGACAUCACCAAGCCAGAGCAGAUAAAAGAUGCUUACAGCAAAGUCGUGGAAAAGAUUCAGGACAAAGGGCUGUGGGCUGUCAUCAACAAUGCUGGAAUCAUCGGCUUCCCUAUAGACGGCGAGCUCAUUCCCAUGAACGAUUACAAAAGAUGCAUGGCUGUGAACUUCUUUGGAUCUGUGGAAGUCACGAAGACAUUUUUGCCUCUGCUUAGGAAAUCCAAGGGCAGGCUGGUGGCUAUCAGCAGUAUGGGAGGAUCAGUCCCACUGAUGAAGAUGGCGGCCUACAAUUCAACGAAGGCUGCCCUGACUAUGUUUUCAUCUAUUCUGAGACAAGAACUUUCCAAGUGGGGAGUAAAAGUCAUCAUUAUCCAACCUGGAGGCUUCCGAACAAAUAUCACAGGAACAAGUGAUGUGUGGGACAAGAUGGAGAAGAACAUUCUGGAAAACCUCCCCCAAGAAGUGCAGGAGGACUAUGGUCAGGACUACAUUCUCAGGCAGAGGAACUUCCUCAAGUUCAUGCAUAUGAAGACCAGCCCAGACUUGACCCCCGUACUAGAGGCCGUCCAGCACGCCAUCUCUGCUCAGAACCCUUCUCCCUUCUAUGCUCCGGGGAAGCUGACUUACCUAUGGGUCUGCUUUGCCUCCGUUUCCCCUACCAUCUUAUUGGAUUAUAUUAUACAAAAACUGUUUGGCCGAGGACAGGACAUGCCCAGAGCUCUAAGCAUGUCCAGCUAGGAAAACAAGGCCUGGAGGGAGGAAGACCUUGAA